AUGGAGCCUGCCAAUGCGCUUAGCCUGCCCACCUGGGCGGUCCACACCUCGUCCGUGCUGGAAUGGGUGACCGCCAUGGGCCUGAUGUGGCGGUAUGGCGAGGUCAGCGGCAACACUCGGUGGAAGGGCAUGGCCUGGGGCAUGCUGCCCUGCCUGGGCUCCGCCAUGUGCGCCUGCACAUGGCAUCUCUUCUACAAUAGCCCAGACCUGGAGUUCCUGGUGGCAUUGCAAGCGGCGCUGACGGUGGUGGGCAACUUCACCUGCUGGCUGGCCGCCUACCAAAUCUACGCAGCAGCGCAGCAGGAGCAGGGUGCGUGA